UCUCCUCCUCCACCACUCUGCCUCUGCACUGCUCGCUCCAUAAUCACCUAGCAACCUUAAACCGAGUUUUCUCCUUCGCACCGAAAUAUUGAUUCAACAAACAUUUGUGAAUUACUUUCAGUCUGCGAAUUUCUGACAAUGGAUUUUGAUUUUAACAACGAUUUGGAGAAACGCAUUUCGGAUGCAUUUUGCGUAUUCGAUCAUCAUAGCGAAAAACUAAUCGAUGUGCGUGAGGUGGGCACAGUUCUCAGAUUGUUGGGCUGUGUACCCACCGAAGAGGAGGUCAAUGAGGUAAUAUCAGCCACCGAAACAGAGGAGACAAGCGGCGUGGUGCAUUUGACCAAAUUCUUGCCACAUGUCUCCCAGUUGCUCAUGGAACGCAAAAUGGAGCCAGCGCCGCCAGAGAAAAUUCUUGAGGCUUUCAAAACAUUGGAUUUUGAGAAUAAGGGCUACCUGACCAAGGAGUACUUUGGCAAGCUGAUGAUGGAGGAAGGCGAGCCAUUUACCCAAGAGGAAAUGGAUGAAAUGUGGCCGGUAGCCAUAGAUCCUAUAAGCGGUCAUAUACCCUAUGAAUUGUAUUUGAAUCAAUUGAUGGUUAGUUUAUCUCUAGAUAAAAAUAAUGUCUAUUGA